AUGUGCCAGAAAGAGUCGAAACUUCGCUUUACUGAGGACGAAUGGGCAGAUAACAACGCUUCAGCAGAGAUCCAGCAUCCUUCUGCCACUUCGGUACCAGCUUCGUCGUCGUCUCUGCUCCUUUCACCUGAUGUCCAAUCUCAGGCGAACAUUGGGGCAUCACUAGGUUCGGGCAUUCCUUUUGUUGAACCUCGAGAUGGCAUAGGCCUCCCAAGCCCUCUGUUGGCCUCAUCAGGAUCUGUGUUCUUGGAUACGCCGCCUCAAAGACCCAUUUCUUCCGUGGGGCUUGCCACCAGUCGCUUGCACGAUCAUGGUUUUGGAGGUCUGGCUGGAUUUGAUAGGUUUGGGGGUACCCCAACUGGUAAUGUAGCUGGUGCUACCACAACGAAUUCAGGUUUUUCGGGCGACUUAUUGGGAUUCAAUUCGUGGAUCAAAUCUUUGAAUUCCAACGAGCAGAUCGUCGCUGUGGAUCUUUUAUUGUCCGAUUUGAACCCAGAUGUCCUUGCCUAUGUCGAGGGAAAGUUUUCAUCCAACUCCAAUAAUCUAGGUAGUUUGAACUUACACUCUCAAAAUCAGCAGUCACAUCAACAGCAACAACAACAACAACAACAGCAGCAGCAGCUAAAUUGGGACUCAAGACCGCACUCAGCAGGCCCUCUCCAGCAGCCCUACCAACUCUUCUCCCCUGUGGCUGACCCAUCAUAUCUCCACAGGAGAGCUUUGCAGUUGCAGCUGCAAACUGAUUCUACACAUGGCCAUUAUGGACACUCUUCCAUAGGUCAUACCAUGAACUUUGACGAUUUGACCAAUCAAAAUGUACUCAAGAUGAACGCAUUGAAUACCAUCACCUCCAGAAGCACGUCUGAUCUCAAGAAGCCUUCUCCCCCCUUGCAUUCUGAUGAUGCACACGCUCGUGGAAGACUCCAUCAACGUCAGCAACAAUCUCAUGGGGUGUCAGCAUCUGUCCCCGCUGCACCAAGACCAGUCUCUGCUGUCAAUGUUAAUGGAACCCCCAUGGCCCAAUCAUCAACAACGAUGGCAUCAACUGCCUCUUCAGAUGAAGACAUUAAGAAAACAGAGUCCCUUCUCAAGUUAGCGUCACUCAACAGCGUGAAUCACCCUCAAGCUCCUCCAGCUCCUCCAAAAUCUCCCAUGCCUCCUGAUAUUACCACUCUUCAGUUACUCAAUAAUAUUCCAGCUUGGUUAAAAGCGCUCCGUCUACACAAGUAUACAGAGAUUUUGAAACACCUGUCCUGGAAGGUGAUGGUGACUCUCAAUGACGAAGAUCUUGCCCAGCUAGGCAUAGCUACCGUUGGUGCUCGCCGUAAGCUGCUCAAAGCUUUUGCCUUGGUUCGGGAAUGUCAGUUAUCAGGCGAGAUCGCCUAG